AUGGAGGGAGAUGCCAAGCUUAGAAAAACAGUCAAUAGACCUGUCCAGAUUGUGUUGACAGACAGAGGAGCCAGGAGGGCCAAGAGUGUGGAAGUCAUCAAUAUAAUACAUCAGGAAGGUGACAUCGUAGUUUUGCUUGGCCACCCACUCCACUAACUCUGCUAUACAUGUGAAGAUAUAAUUAUGGAGCUGACCUGAUACCGAAAGGCAGGACCAUAUUGACAUAAAAGGCACCACGCCAUUUCAUACCCAGCAACUGGUGAUCUUCUGUAUGGACUGGUUCAAUACGGUAUGCAUUUUGCACAUCAAAUUUCGCCAUAAGGGAACCCUGCCCCAACCGCAUUAUGCCUGCAAUAAUGUCAUCUACCUUCAUGUACUGCAGAGAAAAAUCCUUACCUGCAGUCCCAUCGUUGACACUGUGGCCAGCAGGGCUAGACAGGUCCAGGAUAAGAUGCCAUUUCCCAGGUUGGUGGUGUUUGAGGAUGACGUUUGGAUCCUGCCUGUCUGAACUUCCGAUUGCAAGUAAUUGUCGAUGACCUGAGGGUUUAGGAGUGCCGAAGCCACAUUCCCUGUUGCCAACUUCAAAGAAGUACUGUAAUUGAAGCCUAGGCGAAAACCAUCACGAAGGCUUUGUACCACUUAUGCAACUUUGUCUGGGUUAGGAUGAUGGCGGUGACCCCCCUUUGACUGAGAAGCGGGGGCAGGGCUGUUCUCUCUGUGCAAAGCGGCGAGGGCAGUGGAUGCGAGGGUGGUCCUCGUGACACGUUUCAUAGGAGUGACGAAACCGGCAGCGGCCAAAGGGCCAGUGACAGCGCCCAUCAUUCCAGGAGUGGUAAUACUUGUUAGACCGUGGAUUGUCCGAAGACGCCAGAGGCUCUGUUAGAGACAAGGUAGAGGAAGUUGAGGAGCUUGAAGCAGCUGAAGUGUUGGCUGGAGAUCUGGUGUGUUGUUGUGCAGCAGAGAAACAGGUUGUCUUGGUUGUGAAGCUAGAGUGUUAACUGGAGGAGCUGGUGUAGAACCUCUACCAGAAUGGUAUGACACGGUAACCGGAAACGACAUUGUAGACAAGCUGUUGUUUGUUGUUCACAUCCUCAAAGAACGUGAUGACACUCAUACCUUGAAAAAUUGGAAGAAAAAGGAUACAAGAAAAAACACGCUGUAGGACUGCUGCUUCAAAAAACACUAGAAAGGACUAAAAGAUGCUAAAUGAACUGCUCCACAGAGCACUGCACAGAUGCUCAACGAAGAACUCGCAGAUCCUAGCUUUGUACAGAGCUACCACCUACCAUGGAUGCCUGCUAAGCUCGUGGGCUGCUUGAUCGCUAAGCUUGCGGUCCACUUGACCACUUAACUUGUGGACUGCUUAACUGCACAAUGCAACUUGACUGCACAAUCGCUUUAUUGAACAAAAACACCGUGAAAUGGUUACUGAUAACCAGUUUCAGGUUCCAUUAAUUACAUUUUACUUGCAUGACAGUAAAAUUGCUUUUAUAUUAACUUGAUUUUUUUUGAAAAUCGCGUCAAUAAAGUGCAUCAUUAAUUUCCUAUAAUAAAGCAUACACAUCAUAACAUGUCUUGACCAUGCAUACACACAAAAAUAAAAAACUAGUUGAUAGAGUACAUCAUAAUCAAACUUCAGAAGUAAAUACCAAGCUGUGCAAACAACAAUUACUAUGAUCAAGUUUUCCCUUCUCAAAUAACUGUCUCUUUGCUCCUCAGGUGUCAAGCUUAGGAGUUCUCAGAUGGACUGUACUGCCCUUUGCAGAUCAGAGAUUUAGCGGAGCUGGACCAGACAUUAUACAGGUAAGUUAAACAAGUUGAUAGAGUACAUCAUAAACAAAUUUCAGAAGUAAAUACCAAGCUGUGCAAACAACAGUUACUAUGAUCAAGUUUUAUCUUCUCAAGUAACUGUCUUUUUGCUCAUCAGAUGUCAAGCUUAGGAGUUCUCAGUGAUGAGCUGGACUAGACAUUAUACAGGUAAGUUAAACAAGUUGAUAGAGUACAUCAUAAACAAAGAAGUAAAUACUAGUGGUGUAACGAUUAAUCGAAUUCUCAAUUAAUUGCGAUUAUGACCAUUCGAUUCGAUUCACGAUUCUUUGCUUCCACGUUUUGAUUUUGGUUCGAUUUUUGCACACCUUUUCCAGGGUGCCCUUAGUGAGUUAUUAUAUCGUAAAAUCAGAAUCCAGAACGCUUUAAAUUGUGUGUUUUUGAUUGAUGAGCAAAGACGAUAGCAUUUCGUGCGCCAUUUUAUGCUGCCUGGUAAAAAUGCUGUCCUUCAACCACCCCUUGAGAAUUUCCAAAUAAGGCAAACUAUGUGCGACACGCUCUUUGUCAGGUUCUCAAACAUGGCGACGAACCAAGCGACUGUGAAUCCUCCUGUCCCUGCUACUAUUCUCAAAUUGAGGGUUUAGGGUUGCAUGUUGUUUACAUGACAUGUUAUGUUAUAAGAAUUAAGAAACAUUUACAUAAUCAAAUCGAAAUAAUCGAAAUCAAAAGGCAAUAAUUGAAAUCGAAUCGAACCGCAAGGAAUACGAAUCGUUACACCCCUAGUAAAUACAAAGCUGUACAAAAAACAGUUACUAUGAUCAGGUUUUUUCUUCUCAAAUAACUGUCUUUUUGCUCAUCAGAUGUCAAACUUAGGAGUUCUCAGUGAUGAGAUGGACUAGACAUUGUUCAGGUAAGUUAAACAAGUUGAUAGAGUACAUCGUAAACAAACUUCAGAAGUAAAUACCAAGCUGUGCAAACAACAGUUACUAUGAUCAAGAGUUCUCUUCUGAAAUAACUGUCUUUUUGCUCAUCAGAUGUCAAGCUUAGGAGUUCUCAGUGAUGAGCUGGACUAGACAUUGUUCAGGUAAGUUAAACAAGUUGAUAGAGCACAUCAUAAACAAACUUCAGAAGUAAAUACCGAGCUGUGCAAACAACAGUUACUAUGAUCAAGUUUUCUCUUCUGAAAUAACUGUCUUUUUGCUCAUCAGAUGUCAAGCUUAGGAGUUCUCAGUGAUGAGCUGGACUAGACAUUAUACAGGUAAGUUAAACAAGUUGUUAGAGUACAUCAUAAACAAACUUCAGAAGUAAACACCAAGCUGUGCAAACAACAGUUAAUAUAACCAAGAGUUCUCUUCUCAAAUAACUGUCUUUUUGCUCAUCAGAUGUCAAGCUUAGGAGUUCUCAGUGAUGAGCUGGACUAGACAAUAUACAGGUAAGUUAAACAAGUUGAUAGAGCACAUCAUAAACAAACUUCAGAAGUAAAUACCAAGCUGUGCAAACAACAGUUACUAUGAUCAAGAGUUCUCUUCUCAAGUAACUGUCUUUUUGCUCAUCAGAUGUCAAGCUUAGGAGUUCUCAGUGAUGAGCUGGACUAGACAUUAUACAGGUAGGUUAAACAAGUUGUUAGAGUACAUCAUAAACAAACUUCAGAAGUAAAUACCAAGCUGUGCAAACAACAGUUACUAUGAUCAACAGUUCUCUUCUCAAAUAACUGUCUUUUUGCUCAUCAGAUGUCAAGCUUAGGAGUUCUCAGUGAGGAGCUUGACUGGACAUUAUACAGGUAAGUUAAAGUCAAUUGGCUCAGAGUGUGGUAUAUACUUAUGAUUCCAAGCAACUAAGGCUAUGGUUGGGUUUUAAUGUAAUCAAUACACACCUUGCCAGUUCCAUUGUAAUACUAUCAAGUACUUACUGUACUUACCAUACAGUGCUUACUAUAGAAAAAUACGUUUUUUUUAGUUUAUUGGUGUCGCUCACAAUAGUGCAAAACAUUAUUUGACAUUAAUUUCAGUCAGAGCUUGUGAAUAAUGACACUAGAAUUACCAAAUUGAUUCUAUUCUUAUAAGUGACAUGCAAGUAGAUCAUAACUUGACGUAUUAAAGUGCUUAAAGAUUAUACCAUUAGUGAAUGGGUAGUGGAAGCACUCAUACUCAUCAUGAUAGACUGUAAUAAUUUAUUAGGCAUGCAUACACAUCAUAAUGUGUCUCAACUAUGCAUACACAGAGUAUUGAGGCAUAGGUACACAUCCUAACAAACUUCAGAAGUAAAUUCCAAGCUGUGCAAACAAGUAUGAUCAAGUUUUCUCUUCUCAUAUAACUGUCAUUUUGCUCAUCAGGUGUUAAUCGCAGGGCGACUCAGUGACGAGCUGGACUAGAAAAUAUGGUAAGUUUAAGUUUAUAGGCUGUGUGUGUUGUUUUAUGUAUGUGGGUAGUAUAAAUCCACUUUAAGGCAAAUUGAUAAUUUUAAGGUACUGUGGGUAUGGUUGGGCUUUAAUGUCUAAGCAAUUCACACCAUUCCUUACCAUUGAAACACUUUCAAGUACUGGUUGGAAGUGCUGGCAAGGGUUUUUAAUGAUGUUGAAAAUCCCGGUAUGUCCUCAUGCUGCAGUUCAUGAAAUUUUUCAUGGCAUUGUACAUGCUGUCUUUAAUGACCCAUGAAAAUGUUCCAGGCAAAUUCAUGUAUUUUUCAUGGCAUUUUUAAGAUCCAUGAAAAACUUAAGUUGAUUAUGAGCAAAAUUUCAUUUCAUAGGAGAAUAAGCGAAAACGUGAACCAUGAAAAUUCCAUUAAUGUUGAAUUAAGCAACGACAUCCUCGAAAACAAAACUUUAAUACAAGCAUAAUGAUUUCAAGUUUCAGUUUAGGCUGUCAAACUGUUAUGGGUGUUUUCUCACAAACAAUAUAAUCCAGUACCCCAAUUCCCAUCAAGGGAAUUCGCUGGGAGUUGCAACUACAAUAAUGUACUCAAGACAAGGCAAUAAAUCAUGCUGAUUUGUCAUUCUCUUUUAAAUUUUAUUCCUUUCACCAGUCAUAAAUACAUGCAUGUAAUAUUUGGAUUCCAGUAUCAUACAGAUUACUUCUUCAGAUUUGUAUUUCUGAACAAAACUACUGGCAAUUUUGCAAAAUAUUAUAAUAUUUAUAAUAAAUUUUUUUCCUAACAUAUCAUUUUGAAGACAGAAUUUUAUACAGUCAAACCUCCCCAUAACAGCCACUUUGGGGACCAGAAAAAGUGGCUGUUGUGGAGAGGUGGUCGUUAUGAGGAGGUGGGGGUGUAAUAUGACAAUUUUUGUUAGGGGAGAACAACAUGUAUAUUAUGCCAAUUUCAUGCCUACUUUUUGCAAUCAUGGAAAUCCAAUCAUAAAUGAUCAUCAACACACCAUACGGUUCAAAUUCCCUGACCAUUCCUGACUUGUUUGUCAGUCGCUGAAAAAACUGGCCUUUUUUGGAGAGGUUUUUUUGGCAGCUGGGGACACAGUACCGUGGAUGUUGCUGAUGUAGAGAGGUUUAAAUUAGAGCCAAUGUAUAGACUGUCUGCGGGACAAAAGCAAAGUGGCUAUUGUAGACAGGUGGCUGUUAGUGGGCUGGUUUGACUGUACAUACCUUUCAUUUUUAGUUACAAAUUUUUGCCAUCAAUGACUUUCCACGAGAAGGUAGAUUAAUCAUCUCUAAUGUUAUUAACAGGUCAUUUAAAAUUCUAAACUGUAAACUUUCCUUAAUCUCACAUCUUAAAUCUGUUAUUCCUAUACUUACUGGCUAAAUUGAGAUUGUUGGCAGUUCUUAAGUGUGUAGAAUGAACACUGAUCGCCAGAGAUUACCAUGUAACAUAAAAAUAGCUUACUUUAAUUUAGUAUUCAGUUGUGCAUAAGAAAAAAAUGACACAGUCAUUCAAUUUGUUGAAAAUGCUCACAGAGAAUCCUGUGUUAGUGGAACAUGCUCUUAAUAACAAGUGACAUGCUCGUAAUAACAAUCAUAUAAAUUUAUGCAUUUUAUACGAAAUACUUCUCCAGACAUGCUUUAUUGUGCCAGCUAUCAGCAGGGCUCGAAAUAAUUCCCGGAGAGUCUCCAGACAGGAUGACCAGCCAAAUUUAUUUUAGCUCAGUCACGUGUCGCUUCUGGCUGGUCAAAUUUGUAAGUUAAAUAACCUUUAAACAGGGUUCCAUAAACCACGGCUGGUGUUUUAUAUUUCCAAAACAAGUCGCUUGUACUAGUUAUUAUCAACCUUGAGCACUGCCUCUUGUAUUAAUAUAUUCAGUCAAUUAAAACAUGUGGCUUUCUCCAGGGAAAAUGUGACAGAAAAUAUCUCAAAAUAUCCCAUAAUAAAGUUAGUAAGAAACAAUCAAACUCCUUUAAAUAUCAGCAGGAACAUAAACUGGUUCAUAUUAUCAAAAGCUUUUAUUUGGUUUACUGAAAAUCUUGAUCUCUGUUAUGAUAGUAUGUUUACAGUAUUUUUUCCCUACUUAAUAACAACAACAACAACAACAUCUUUAUUUCUUACAUUAAAUAUACAAAUAUCACACCACCUGCAAAUAGCAAGGCUAAUCGAGGCAGGUGGUGUGUAGACGUCUUAAGAUUUAUUACGAAUAGUUGAAGUGAAAAAAGUACCAUAUUUAUAAUAAAAAAGGUCAGUCACGAGAGAAACUGAGAUAAGAAAAUCGAGGCAGCUAUUUAGAUAAGCGGGGGCUAAUAUUUUUAAAAUCGGAGAUUAUCGUGUUUAGGUCAGCAUAUCUAUCCUGAACUUCAAAUAUUUUCAACAGAAUUGUAUGAACUUUUUCCUUAAAGAGAGAUUUUGAAGAAUUUCGUAAAUUUUCAGGUAUACUAUUCCAAAUUUGGCUCCCAUAAUAGAAAACGAAUCAUUUUUCUGAUUUAGUCUAGAGUGCCUAAUGUAAUAAUUUCCAGAAGAAGAGGAGUGAGUGCUGUAAGAGUGAAUUUGUUGAGUAGGAAUAAAGAGAUUUGAAAUAUUAUGAGGGGCAGUGUUAUUGUAAACAUCAAACAUUAACUUCGAAGAAAGCUUAAAAAAGAGCAUUGUAAUAGGCAUAAUAUUAGAGUGAAGAAAGUAAGGGACGGCAUGAGAGUGGAAAGGUGCGAAGUAAUAAGUCAUGCAUAACUAAAAUAAUUGCUUUAAAAAGUAAAAAAAGAAAGAAACACCCCCAGGCAACCGAUGUUGUGCAUGAUAAAUACAAUGUUGGACAAAAAUGUUUGAUCAUGAAGCCGGGGCAAGUUUAAAUGAGCAAAGAAGGAAUGUAUUUUUCACUUAGAAAUUAAGUACAAACUCAAAUUACACUUUAAAAUGCUACUUCAAGUAUACUCACAGUUUUCACUAGAAUUAAGCCAGCUGGACGCAAAAGCCAAGUUUCUGAAAUGUUAUGUGGACAGUGCCCACAUUUUUUUAAGUUUCAAUAUAAUAUGAUGACAGAGAAUAAGAAUAUGGACACCUUCAGUCUCCAGAGCUUCUCUGACGACUUAGGCGGAAAUUCUUAUAUUUGUAUUAAAUUCACUGCACUAUGAUUGGUUCAAUUUAACAUUCAAUGUCUCAGUAAGGUCAUUCAAGGUGUAGUCCAUCACUGAUUCACAGUAUCUGCCAUAUCUUAAAAAUCAAAUAGAAACUGUCUCCAAGUGGUGAUAACAUAAUAUAUUAUGUCUUCAGCAACAAAACAAAUUAUAACACACAAAAGAUUGAAGCAUACAUAUAACAAAGUUUUAGUAACAGAAGUCUAUGAAGCAGUUUCUUUGGACUAACAAAGUAAUGCUUUUAAUACUUUUUUUGACCAGUGUGUGUCAUCAUGAACAUCUAAUUGACCUAAGUAUAAACAAAUUUGGCAAAAACUACUAUAAAUUGAAUACUGUGUGCAACAUCAUUCUAUGACAUUAUCAUCCACUUGUGUGCUAGUGAGUUUGGCAUUUUCAUGGUUUUUUAAUUAUGCUUUUAUCAGAAAGCACAUUUUCAUGGGCCAUUACAAUUUUCACGACGCAUGAAAUACAUGCUAGGCUGUCACUGUCACUGUCACUGUUACUUUUCAGGGGUCAUAAAAUGUAUCAGUCUAAAAUAGAUGUGACUUUCAUGACCCUUGAAAAUCCGUAUUCAUGGCUUUAUAAACUUUUCAUGGUUCAUGCAUGAAAAUAACCAGCUAAGAGUUUCGUGGAAAUGUCAUGACUCAUGUUAACACCAUGAAAUCUGAAAUCUAAAAUGUUUUCAUGGCCAUGAAAAGUGGAUUCAUGCGUUUUUCAACACAUUUUCAUGGGAUUUUCAUGAGAAAGAGAUUCAUGGUGGUGUGACAGAAAAGAUUAAAAAAUUAACCUUGAGACCACCUCUUUCAGCUUAAGUUAUUCUGGCGAUUACUUACAUAGUUCCUUCUUAUGGGAUGUAUUUUCAAGAAUCACCACUCAUUAUUAUUUUGUAGGCGUAAUAUAGAUAAACACAUUUAAUUAACUGAUUUCCAUUGACUAAACAGAACAAGUUUCACUGUGGUUGCAUGUAGAUUUCCCAUAAGUUAACAGAUAAAUGCAAAAGAACUGGUGACUGGUGAAAAAAUAUGGAAGUCAGCAUUCAUAGUCACCAAAAAACAACCAGAUAUAGAAACCAUGUGUAAAGAUCUUAACUCGUAGAGUUACAGUGCAGAUAGAUCAUAACAAGUGAAGGAUAGAUAACCAUGAGAGUACUCAGGGAGCAAGGGAUGUGACCCAUGUUGGAAUCUUGACGUCGACACCAUAUGUGGGUUGAGUUUAUUGUUGGUUCUCUCCUUUGCUGAGAGGUUUUUUUCUCCAGGUACUCUAGUUUUCUCCUCUCCUUAAAAACCAACACUUCCAAAUUCCAAUUCGAUUUAGAACAUACAGACACGUUUUAACAAGUAAACUCAUAAGUGCUCCAUGGGUAAAAAAAAAUACAAUUUGCAGUUUUUUUACAUGCAUACUCUUCAUAGCAAGUGGAUACGGUAUAAACUUCAGUGGUGAAUACCAAGCUGUGCAAACAACUAUGAUCAACGUUUUUGUCCUAAUAUAACUUUCUUUUUUAUCAGUUGUCAGCCCAAGAGGACAAGGCAAUAUGGUAAGUUAAUGGUAUUGAGCUAAGAGUGUGUUAUGUGUCUAGAUAGUACUCCAGUGUAAGGAAAAGUGAUUAGCCCAAACAACUAUGGGUAUGGUGGGGCUUUAAUGUUGAACCAAUUCACACCAUUCCUUGCCAUUGUGACCCUUUCAGUACUAUGUCAGCGAGCGUUGUUAUGGGUGAGCAUGUGCCUUAUGCUUUGUUGUUGUUCUCUUGUGCUUCGCGACCUUAUUAUUGUAACUGUUCACUAUUCACGGGUCGUCUUUUCCUCAUUACUGGCAUGGCGGCCUCUGACAUUUGUAUGUACGUCUUGUCCAAAGAGAAAGCCAGCUGAUAUGAGGAGAUAGUGAAGCAGCCCAGCUCCAAGCUGUUCCUUUAGUUACUCCACUCAAGAACCCGCAUCUAAGUACACGGCAUCCGUCUUCUCUUAAUCAGCAUUCUGCCAUGAAUCCUCUUGCACCCAAGUAGUGGUCCCUAACGAAAUGCAAGACAAUGACUUUGUUUGAAGCCUGAAGACAUCUUAGACCCUGACUGCACUGUAGCUAUAGAGGCCCGUACUGAUACACUACCCAACCAGAGCACCAAGGUUACAGCUCUGGCCUCAACCUUAUAUUGGCUAACAAGGUUCACAUAGCUAACAAUACCAACAAACUGCAAACCAUCCGUCAUCAUAAACACCAUCAUCGUGGCCAUGGACUCCACAUUUGUUCCAGUGGCGUCUCACCUAACUCCCCCCCUGCAACAGGUGGAGCCAAAUUCACCAGUCUGGUUUCUUUUUGGAGUAGUCACAGUUGACUCUGACCACAUCGUACCUGACAGAGUACAAACGAGUCUCUUCAAGUGCUGCAGGCCCACGAAGGUGUCUUAUAUCUGACUAUUGCAGAAUAUAUAGUGCCGCCGGCCCUGUUGAAGCCACUGUCAGUUUGGGUCCCGUACAGCCCCUACAGUGUAAUGGCUGUAUUGCACAGUACUCCUGCGACAAGCUAGUACCCUUGCAAGAGAAAUUGACAAACUGGAACAAUUCCAAGUUUUCCGUCGUCCUGAGGAUGUCAGAAUUAAGGAGGCUCACAUCUAUU